AUGUCUUCGAACCAGCCUCUGCUCGGCAGUCUGGCGAUGCAGGCCCCUUCACAGACGCCACAAACGGUCCAUGUUUCACCAUCAACGUGUCACGACCUUUCACUAUUCAAAGAACUGCUCAGGGAAUACCGCAGACUCGAUGAUUUAAUCACCAUGCGCAUCAAUAGGGCUAAUGCUCACCAGCGAGACAAGGACCGUCUGGAUCCCGUCAAAGGGAAUCUCCAGGACGAAGCCUGCUCACAAGUAUGGAAGGAACUUAUAGCCAAUUGGAGUAGACGAACGAAACUAGUGGAAUACUGCGUUUCUGUGGUGGACAGUUCAAUGGAAGAGAAGAAAAGGACCAUUGCAGGGUUGGAAGCAGACGAUGCCGCCCGUCGGAAGGCCCAAGCGCAACUGUUCGCGGAGGAGGUCAAGCUAAACCAAGUCCACAACGAACUGUCUGUCGAGAAGAUCAUCCGGCAGCGUUCCCUUGAUGCCUUCAAAUCACGCUGUCGAUACUUUGUGCCGCCUUCGACUGAUGCCGAAGCAAGCAAGUGGUGGGACUCUGUGAAUCGGGGACGUUAG